AUUGGGAUCCUUGAAAGGUCAACUUAUUCUCUAUUUCACCAGUAUUUCUCUUUCCUUCCUCCAUUAUUCGCCCGCCCUUUCCAGUAGCAGAUUCGUCAAUCAAAACCCUAAUAUCCGCUCUGUCUGUAAUCUUAUUCAAUCAGAUCAAACAAGUAAAUCUGCAUCCGAUGGCCAAACGAACUCUACCGAUCCUCAAGCAACUGCUUCACCGACCAGCUCCACCUGUUUCGACCCCAUCCCGAUCUGUCACUUACAUGCCCCGACCAGGUGAUGGUGCUCCUCGCACAGUCACCUUAAUCCCCGGAGAUGGGAUCGGUCCCCUCGUUACCGGAGCUGUCGAGCAAGUAAUGGAUGCGAUGCACGCGCCGAUUUACUUCGAAAAGUUCGAUGUUCAUGGUGACAUGAAGACCAUACCAGCGGAAGUCAUAGAGUCGAUUAAGAAGAAUAAAGUGUGCUUGAAAGGGGGUUUGAAUACUCCCAUGGGUGGAGGGGUUAGUUCGCUGAAUGUGCAGUUAAGGAAAGAGCUUGAUCUGUACGCUUCGCUUGUAAAUUGUUUUAAUUUGCCUGGAUUACCCACGCGCCAUGAGAAUGUUGAUAUUGUGGUGAUUAGAGAGAAUACUGAAGGGGAAUACGCAGGGCUCGAACACGAGGUUGUUCCUGGUGUGGUGGAAAGUCUUAAGGUGAUCACAAAGUUUUGCUCAGAGCGAAUUGCAAAGUACGCGUUUGAGUAUGCUUACCUCAAUAACAGGAAAACAGUGACAGCUGUCCACAAAGCAAACAUCAUGAAACUUGCAGAUGGUUUGUUUCUAGAAUCUUGUAGAGAAAUAGCAAGCAAGUAUCCAGGCAUAAAAUACAAUGAGAUCAUUGUGGACAAUUGCUGCAUGCAGCUGGUUUCAAAACCAGAACAAUUUGAUGUUAUGGUUACUCCUAAUCUUUAUGGAAAUUUGGUGGCAAAUACUGCUGCUGGUAUUGCUGGUGGCACUGGUGUCAUGCCUGGAGGUAAUGUGGGAGCUGAUCAUGCUGUGUUUGAGCAAGGUGCUUCAGCAGGAAAUGUUGGAAAACAGAAGAUAGUGGACAGAAAGACAGCAAAUCCAGUGGCAUUGCUUCUCUCAUCCGCCAUGAUGCUCAGACAUCUUCAAUUCCCUUCUUUUGCUGACCGAUUGGAAAACUCAGUCAAACGUGUCAUUUCCGAGGGUAAAUACCGAACAAAAGAUCUCGGUGGGAACAGCACCACUCAAGAAGUUGUCGAUGCUGUCAUUUCUAAACUUCAUUAGAUCACUUCCAAUUCCAAAUCAUCAUCCUUUUGAUUUUGAUAUUUCUUCACAGAUUUUUAUUCCUUGUGAAUAACAUAAUAUAUAUUAUGAUGACCUUUGAGGCAAGAUGAUAAACAUUAAAGACUUAAAUAAGAAUCAAUUGUGAGAAGUUUGUACCAAA